UUGUCCAAGAUGGCGGCGUAGGUGCAGACCCUCCGCGGCUGACAUGUUUUCAAACGUUUUUACGCCUUUAUCCCGACAUAUAUGCAACAACCCGGGGCUCGGACUGGAAGCGUGUGUUUGUCGAAGCCGUCGUCUGCCACGUUGUUUCUGCUAACACCCCUGCAGCUCGCCCCCCAGGCCGGAUUCCCGCUGCAGGCACCGAAAAGUUUGGGCUCCAUCAUCCUUUGAAGAUGAAGAGGCAGGCCGGGAGAGAGACUAGUCCGUCCAGGGCCGUCGCUAAACGGAUACGGGAAAGGGAACGAGAGAGUGCACGUAGGGAGGAGCUGCCGCCGCCGCCGCUGGCUCUGCUGCUGGCGGAGAGCCGGGGAUACCACCGACGGAGCCGAAGCAGGGAGCGGGAGAAGCCGCGGCUGAGGGAGGAGCGAGCGGCCGCCCUGGAGCUCCACCACCGACACGAGCUCAGCCUCCUCGGUCGUCCGCCGCUACGGACCACGGCGGUGGAGCUCCCCGCCGCCAGACCGGGCACUCUGGAGUACAAAACGCUGCUCAUCAGCAACCUCGGCUCGCAGGUCACGGACGAGGACGUGGAGGACGCGCUGUUUCACGAGUUCAAAAAGUUCGGGGACGUCAGCGUGAAGCUGUCGCACACACCGGAGCUGGGCCGGAUCGCCUACGUGAAUUUUCGGCACCCGGAGGACGCCAAAGAGGCCAGACACGCCAAAUCCUCCAGGUUAGUUUUGGGUGACCGACAGCUUAAAAUUGAACCCAUGUACGUCAGGAGGCGGAGCGUCACGCCGCCAGAUGCUGGAUAUUUGCCUCUGCACGCACCGUACCCCUACAGACAGCGCUCCCUGUCCCCGCCCGGGCCCGGGGUGAGUAACAUCAGAGACAUCAGGGCGAGACAUUACGCCUUGGAGACCCUGGGUAUCAGCAGGGAGAGGGAGAGGCUCUUGGAUUAUUAUGGUAUGCUGGAUGAGAGGGGCCGGCCCUAUGGCUUCCCUCCAAUGCCAGUGGUGGAGGAUUUAAAACCUGAGGAUGAUCAGAGGGCGACCAGCAACCUUUUUAUUGGCAAUUUGGACGGUAAUGUUACAGAAGUAGAACUAAGGAGGGGGUUUGACAAGUAUGGCAUCAUAGAGGACGUUGUGAUUAAACGCCCAGCCCGUGGACAGGGUGGGGCGUAUGCUUUUGUGAAGUUUCAGAACCUGGACAUGGCCCACCAGGCCAAGGUGGCCAUGCAGGGGCGGCUUAUGGGCGGAAAUCCAAUAAAGAUUGGCUAUGGCAAAGCUAACCCCACCACACGGCUCUGGGUGGGCGGCCUUGGGCCUGGAAACUCCCUGGCUGCCCUCGCUCGGGAGUUUGACCGCUUUGGAAGUAUAAGGAAUAUCGACUAUGUUAAAGGGGACAGUUUUGCUUACAUUCAGUAUGAAAGUCUGGACGCUGCUCAAGCCGCCUGCACCCAGAUGAGGGGGUUUCCGUUAGGUGGUCCGGAGCGGCGACUGAGGGUGGACUUUGCUAAAGUUGAGGAGAGCCCCUCCCGGCCAUUUCCUCCUGGUUACCAGCCUCCUGUCGCGGUACCCUCCCACUAUGAUCUCCUCGGGGAGGCCUACAGCCGUCAUCGCAGCCUGGAGCGGGAGCUGAGGGGAGUCAGGGACCGCUCGUCGCCGCCCUCCCACAGCCUCCUCUCCCAGAGGGAGAGGGAGAGGGCCCUGCUGGAGAGAAACUACCCCACCAGCCCCACCCGUAGCCUGGAGAGGAGAAUGGGAGGAGUGGAAGCAUUUGGGAGGAGUGGGAGAGCAGCAAGGAGCCGCAGCAGGAGCAGGGAGAGGUGGCUGAAGGAGAGGGAGGAGAGGAGGAGCAGGAGGAGGAGCAGGAGUGUGUCCACUGACAGGCUGACAGAGGAGAGGGAGAGAGACAGGGAGAAGGAGAGGGGGAGGUCGAGGGUUCGAGGUCUGGGUGGGGCUGUCUCUCCUGACGCGAGCCCGGACAGAGCGCGUGUUCGAGCUCCUGACUCCACCACAGAGCCCAGAGACCACUCCCCCGAGAACGGCGGAGGAGGGCGACACUCCGCCAGCAACGAAGAAGAUCCACCAUUUGGCCGCCACCACAGCAAGAGGUCCAGCGAGCAUCUCAAAAAUCAUCACCAUCGAAACAGCGAGGUCAUCGCCGCCGUCUCCCCUGCGAUCCACACGGACACCCACACCUCCUCCUCUCCCAGCACGCUGUCAGAGUUCGCCCAGGCGUCGCUCUCCAAAUCGUGGCACGGCUUCUUUGCGCUGAAGAACAGCAGUUUCCCCACAGACCUGUACAUGCUGGAGGGGGGCUCCACGUUCUUCAACACGGUGAUGAAGGACACCCUGAAGCUGCAGAGCCAGAACCAGCCCAGCCAGCUGAAGAUCGCCCAGAGGCUCCGCAUGGACCAGACCCGACUUGACGAGGUGUCGCGGCGCAUUAAACUCGGGCGGCCUGAUGGGUUCGCCAUCCUUUUGGCUCUCCAGGGCCCCAUCGACCGCCAGGCCCCGACCCCCGAACCAGGCCUGCAGGCACGCUUGCUCCGCCACCUGGUGACCUACCUGCGGAACAAGGAGGCCGCUGGAGUCGUGAGCCUGCCUGCUGCAAAAGAGGGGGGGCCUGGGGCCAUGCUGUACGCCUUCCCACCUGGAGUGUUCUCACAACAGUACCUGCAGGCCGCCAAAAGGACUGUGGGUAAUCUGGACGAGGAGCACAUGGUUAUUGUGAUCGUCAAUGACACUAAUUGAUUUUAACACUGAAGAGAACAUACAUGUACAGACACUAAAGGCAUGCACACACACACACACACACACACACACACACACACACAGCGAGCUGAGAGGAAACUCGCCCGACGACAAAUACUUCCAUGUUGAUUUCACAACGAUGCAUUUUAUUGUUUUAUCCAGUAUCUUAAUAAUGAAACACAGCAACGUACACUACACGUCUCUCUUCUACUCUUCCUCAUUUAUUACUUCAUGUUUCCCUCACGCUGGCGAUCGACUGGUCGUGACAUUUACAGGCAGUUAAGGACGAUGUUACAUCACCGGGGGAAUUAAACGUUAAAAUGGUCUGUGAUGAAAAACACUUAAAGGAGAGGGGACGUUAAUGAAAGGCCUGCCGCACACACAGGCAGCGCUGUUGCUUUUAUACUCUAAGCUGUAACAUACGACACUAAAUCUGAGGGUUUGUUUAUAUGCUCGUUUACUUUAUUUGUGUUCCUUUUAUCAGAAGUCGUUCUGUAUAUCCAGUAUAUGUGGGACUGGGAGGUUUUAUACCAAGUGAUUGUACUGUAAACUGAGUGGGAAAGUGAUGCCAGCUGAGUCUGGCUCAGGCUACUCCAGUUUGUGUGCUCUACUGGCUUCUACUCGCAGGUUGAGACUGUUGUGACGUGGUUUUAUUUCUUUUUGUUAAAAGCACCAGCCGCCACAGCCAGUAGAGACAAAAGUGAAUUUCCUGACCCGUCCCUGUGACUGUGUAUUUUACAUAGGUAGUGUUUUAUCAAUUGAACCAUUCCAGUUUCCUUUUUGUUUUGAGAGUUGUGAGCGUGUCAGUUUGGUCUGUCGUUGCAUGCAGGAAAAGAGAAACAAAAAAAAGAAGCUAUAUCUUGUCUGUCUUUCAGAAACCUGUCGUCACUUGAGAUGUUUCAGUUUGCUGGAGAUUCGUGUUCCGCUGUCAUACUGGUGCGAGGUCUGUUCAUGUUACUAGUUCGGAUUUUAUAUUGCAUAACGGCUUUUAUUCAAUUUUAAUACAUGAAUCCAUCCAUCUAUCAUCCAUCCAUGCUCCUGUCUCUUUUCAUCUGCCGUCACUGUAGCUUCAGUCAUGUCUACCUGGUCUCAUAGUGCGAACGUCAUUUACAGGGAAUUUUGGUGUAGAAACCACAACAGUUGAUGCUUAAAGUGAUUGCACCGACUUUAAAGGGAGUGUUUGGAUUUUUUUGAAGUGGGGUUGUAUGAGGUAUUUCUCCAUAGUCAUUGUGUUAAGCUGCUGUCCCACUGCACGACAAACCUGCUAAUAUCUGGCUUUUUAAUGCAGUGGGAAAGGUUUUAAUCGGCAUUCACACCGGGGUCGAAUCACUGCAGUAGACACGUGUCGCCUCAGACUCCGAACAGCAUUAAUAGGAGGGGUCAUCCCUAUGUUUCCCGGGUUCUAUGUUCCCCACUCAACCAAAAAGGGUUCUGUGUUUCCCGCUUGGUUGAGCAGGGAACAUAGAACCUGGGAAACACAGAUACGCUCCCUAAUAGGAAUCACGUGAACGUGCUAAUUUCAGCUCCUCUACCGGUGAGCUGCAACAAAACACCGUCUGUCUCCACACAUGCUGCUCUAAAAACAUCAAUCCAAAUGGGUCUGCACCGAGUUUGAAAGAGAGACUGAAUCACAAAGAGAUAUAGAAACAAGUAACCUACUACUGUUUACCUGUUCUCCGGCCUGUCCAUGACGUUGAACGUGACACACCAAAAAAAAAACCACACACACAGAAAGGCAGACUCGUCUGCUGCAGAGCCGCUCUGGUGUGCUGGCAACAGGAAAAGAGUCUACAGCCUAUUUUUAGUUGGUUCACCUGUGUUUUGAAAAGGAUGUUGCAUUUGUAGAUGGUGGUCAGUUUGGAGAAGCAGACAGGCGUGCAGCCACAGAAGCUAAGCGAUGUACUGCUGUGGACGGGGGCAGCAGCUAAACAUACUCUAGACACUGAAAAAAAAAUCAGUAUCAGUUUAAAUGUACGCUCUGUUUAAAAUACAUUCAUCGCUCUAUCUUGGCAUCAGACAGCCUCUUUGACGAGGAGCUGACGCUGUUACAUUGCUCUCUUUAAGCCACCAGACGCCAUUGACAAAAACAUUUUUCCUCACGGGACACGGGACACGGGACAUGCUCGCCUGUCGCUGCCUCGAUAGUUUGUGUUGUGUGACUUUGGUGAAUCCAAACUAACCUAUUAAACAGCAGAGACACACAGCACACACAGAUGUCCCGUCAGGAGAGGCUAACCAGGCAAAAGGGGCCCGAUGACAUAAUGCUGACACAUUUUGCAGUGAUAGCAGUAACCUAGGCUCGCUGUUACUGGUGUUACAUGGUGUUUGGGCAUACACAGCUUACAUUAAUUGCCAAACGCCCCGGCUGUCAUAUUGCUUUUUUAAAUGAAUGCUUAGUGUGACGAUGGCUGCACUGAGUGGCAGCUCAAAAUAUUAUGAGUGAGAUUUUCUCAUCACGUGAUGAGCGUAAGGAGAGUUGACAGACAAGACGAUGGUGGAGAAGUUGGUGUCAAAGCAAAAACUAGGAGGCUUCUUUGCAGACGAAGUCAGAGGUAGACCAGUGAUCCUAAGGAGUCUGGUGGCUGUAAAGAGAGAGCAUAGACGGAUACAGCGGCUUCAGUCUCCGUCAGAAUCUCUGUCUGACAGCGAGGUAAAGUGCUGAAGUGUAGCUUACACUUAACGUGACACUGAUUUGUUUUUUAGGUGGCUGAAAUAUGUUUUGUUGCUGCGCCCGUCCACAGCAGCACCUCGCUGAGCUUCCACGGUGGUGCUGCAGCCUGCUUCUCUAAACUCUGGGCGUGUCGACUGACAUAUACUGUAGGUAAUACUCUGACUGUUUUAGUGCCUUAUACAACCCAGUUAAAAAAAAUCCCAACUGUCCCUUUAAAUUUCCCUCAAAGCUCUUUAAUUAUCUCCAGAAAUAUACAAGCAACACAUGCGUGCUGAUUUCAGUCAGACUCACCUCAGGCUAAAUCUUUUCCAACAGCUGCAGAGAUAUGUCUUCAUGUCUUCAGCAUUAAUCUCUUGCGAUUUUUGUAACUGAACCGGCGCUGACUUAAUUUUUUACCAUUAAUGUUGAGUGAAUGUUUGUGCCAAGAUGAUGUGUCAGAGGAAAAACACUUGUCCCACCCAGAUGAUGAUGAUGAAUGAAACCUUAGAGGGCAGAGAAAUAAAAAAAUGCGGAAAUAGUUCUGCACACCUAAGAUGGCAGCCGUUCACUUACUCUGUUGUCAUGGAAAUGAAGUGUUGUUAGUGUGUGACAGCUAGUUGUCACGGAAACAGGCAGCUCUUCACCUCUACAUUGUUUAUCUGUGUGUUCGUUGCUGUUUGCACCAACCAAAUGAGAAUGUAUAGCUCCUAUAGAAGACGUGUGAUACCUCAUGUAGUCUGGGUGGUGUUGGUGACGUCUCUCAUCAUCUCAGCUCUGUGCUGCACGUCGGCUACGUUUACUCCAUCUGGUGUUUUACUGACGCCAGAUCAAGAUUGGUUAGAGCCUGAAAAUGUUUCCCAUUCUGUCACGUCAUGAGGAAAUUAAACCUGAUGGUGUUCAGAUUUUAACACUGUCGUCGUUUUUACUUUGAAAAGGAGCAGUAAACACUGCGUCUGCUCAGUGAAGUGAGGACUGAAGAACUAGACGACAUGUCAGACUAAAGAUUAACAUGUUUGUUUAAUGCCCACUGUUUGUUUACAGCACAAGCAGCUUACUGUGUAAAAGUCAAGAGGACACAAAACACAUCUAGAUCUUAAAGGGAUAGUUUGAACUGGGGUUGUAUGAGGGGUGCUUACCCACAGCCAGUGUAUCACAUACAGUAGAUGUUAUUCAGCACAUCCCCAGUUUGGAGAAGCAGACUGGAGUCAACAUGGAAGCUUAUCAGUCUGCUGCUGUGGAUGGGUCAGCAACAAAACGUGUUUUAGCCACCUAGAAAAUAUAUAUCAGUUUAAGUGUACACUUCUGUGAGACAGCCUGUUCUGACAGGGAGGCAUUAAUGGCUUCAGUUUCUUAUCUACUUGUCAAAGCCACCAGACUCCAUUGACAAAAACAGUAAUUUUAGCUCACUGGACACAGGAGCCGCUGGUCGACUGCUGCCUCUAUUAGUUAGUUUGUUUGUGUUAUUGUGUGACUUUGGUGAAUGUGAACUAACCCUUUUGAAUGCCAAAGCCACACAAUAACACAAACAAAACACCUGUUAGAGGCAGCAGUGGAGCAGCAGCUCCUGUGUUCAGCAAAUGUUAAAUCACUGUUUUUCUCAAUGGAGUCUGGCUUUGUAGAAAGUGAUGUAACAGCUUCAUUUUCCAGUUGGAAAUCACUGUCUGACAAUAACGUAAGUCAAUGAACAUACUCUAAAUAUAACGUACACUUAAACUGAUAUUGAUUUUUUUUUUUUUUUUGAGGUGGGACUUUUUUUAGGUGGCUAAAACUGAUUUUGUUGCUGACCCCUUCACAGCAGUAGAUUGAUUAGCUUCCAUGUCUGACUCCAGCCUUCUUCUCCAAACUGGGGGUGCACCACCUGACAUCUACUGUAUGUGAUACACCGACUAUGAAUAAGUACCCCACACAACCCCACUUCAAAAAAUCUGAACUAUCCCUUAAAAGAACAUGUUCCUGGAGAGCAUAGAGUAAAAAACUGCAACUAACUAUUACUAAUACAGAUUCAUCUUUAAUUAUCUUUAAAUUAAUUAAUCAUCUAUAAAAUGUUAGGUAAAACUACAUUUUGCCCCCCACAGUCUGCAUGUCUGAGGUAUAAUUCAAAAUGCUUUACUUAAGACAAGAAAGGAAUUCAGAGAACAAAAAAAAAAAAAAAAGUCCCAAAUUUGAAGUAAUUUAAGUAAUAUCCAGUUGUGUGCAGGAGUCCGUGUCUCUGUUGUAAAUGGACAUCUUAAUGUGGAGCCUAGUUUUCAUUCUUUGGUUCUGUCAGGCAGACGGUAGACAGAAAGCAGCUUUUGGACGGCACAGGAAAAACAAACGAUAUAAUGUCAGGACAGUAAAACUAAACAUGCAUGACAAAUUGUUGCGAUGGUGAUGCCGACUUGUUGACAAAGAAUGGAAUAAAAUAUAUUAAAUGAAACUAUUUUGGGUUUAUUAUUUGAUGUAAUUACUCCAGUAAGUGUCCAGGAGCUACGCAACAUCCAGAUGUAAAUCAUGUCAUGGGUGGACGGCAAAGAGCUAAGAUAUUUAAACCUUUGAUACCAUUGUUGGUAUUUUCUGCCACCUUUCAUUAUUUUACUGCUCUGCUCUGAAAUGACAUCCUGUUUCCUGUCGACCGUCUGCCUGAUCCCAUGUGAACGCAGCAGAACUGCCAGUGCUGGAAAGUAACUAUUUUAAUAGUAUUUGUACUUGAGUAUUUCCAUUUACGCCUCUAUUACAUUUGUACUUCGUACUCUGCUUUUACAGAUUAUUUGACAUAGAAACGCUUGCUGGUAAAACAGUGUGAUUUUCAGUGAAAAAAGUGCCCUGGUUAUAAAGUAAUAUUCGUCUGGAAAUGAGUCGAUAAAGUUUUCCUUUCAUAUAAAAAGUGAAACAUCUGCAGCAUCUGUAGCACUUUAAUCUGUUUUCAGUAGAAUUCAUCUCCCAGCUGGCUGACAGCGUCAUUAGCAGGGUUGCAACACUAUGAAGUUUUUAUAGGCUCAGAAAAUAUUGUGGUUUCACGGUAUCCCGGUAUUAAAGAAUUGAUCGUAUUAUCAGUCAGAAUGAGCCUCAAAGGAAUGAAAGCAGAAGGGUUCAAAUCAUUUUGUGUUUGUGUAAAAAGUCUCCCCUUUGAAAAAAACUUAUAAAUAAAAGGGAGAUUCAACAUUAAGUAUAAUAUUUUUUCCAGUAUCGUAGAUAAGCAAACGUACACGGUAAAUAUCAGCUUUUAUAUCACGGUGUACCUUAAAAACCCCGUACAUCUCUGCAACCCUCGUCAUUAGACGUUGAUAUUUCGUUGAAUCGAGGUUGUUUCAUCGUGUGACCAAAAUUCAAUGUCAGGACAACAUCAUCAGUUUGAUGUAGAACACUGACGACAGAUGAUGAUGAUAUUUUGAUGGUAUUAAGUUGCGGCGUUAAUUAACUAAAAUCAAACGUCAAAUGCCAGCGUCACCAUGACGUAAUGACAUUUAGUCGUAAGCUUUGAGAGAACAAAACACAACGUCUGCAAAUCGCGACAUUGUUAAUGUGACAUAUUUAAAAUAUCAUCAACCUGAUUUUCAUUCCAACCCAAAUUUAACAUCUGUCCAACAUUUGAGUCCAACGUCUUUCUGACAUCGUAUGGUCGUCCGGUGCCAGCUGGCUAAUUUCACCAAUUAAGUGAAAAUCAAAUAUUUCCAAACCUUUAAUGCAGCAAUCUGCUUUAUUUGCUCUGGAUUGAUUGAAGACACAGACACUGCUUUGUAGAACAUUUAUAAAACAAGUUGAUUGAAAUCGGGUUGAAAUAUUCUCACUGCAAAAUCAGGUGUUAGGACUGAAUCACAAACAGAAAUGAUUUUAUAAGAGUGAGGUUUUGCAGAUUAAAAAGCCCAACACUUUAAAAAAUAGUUAAAAUCAGUUCCGCCUUGACAUCUGUGAUGAUAUUCCUAAAAUAUAUAUAUAUAACACUACAAAAGGGACCAUUCUCAUCAUGAGCACUUCUGAUAUUUUAAGUAUAAUUUGCUGCCAAUACUUUUGUACUUUUAAGUAAAAUUUUAGGGCUUUCACUUCAUUUUUACGUUGUAGCAUCCUGUUUCUGCUUCUUUCACCACCAAUCUACCAUUUUAAAUUCUAUUUUUUCCAUUUUCACCUACUGUCUUAAAAGUACCUUUGAUUUUCUUUUUUCUUUUUGUUUAAGCCACCACAACACAUGCAGCUUUUCAUUUGUGUCGCCUUGUUAUUGGUCUGAAAGUUGCUCCAUCCACAUCCAGCAGUAACGGCUUGAAUGUUUUUGAAUAAUAAAAACAAAUAUGUUCACGUGGAGAGUUUGAAACUGUGACGAUAAUCAGCCCGAAAAGCUCCUCAUUCUCCUGAAACAGAAAGAAAAAACAAAGACUUCAAAAUAAAUGUGUUCAUGUAACAUAACACGUCGCUGAAUGUUCAUCCCGGCACCAAUCGUAUAAAUGUACCAGUUUUGUACAAUAUGCUGUUAAAGAAAAUAAAAAAUACUUUUUAUAUCAAGCUCCCCCGAUGAACGACACGUCGUGAAUACACUUCCCUUUUCCUGUCUCCUCUAAACUGAUGGUGUUGCUGUGUUAUGACUGAUGAUGAUGAUGUUACACAGACCAGGCGGAGUUUAAAUCCAUGACGACAAUCGGUUUUGUACACAGACUCCCUCAUUGGUUUUGUUUUCGUGUCGACAUAGAAACAUGUAUUCUGUAUUGAAAGAAAAUGUAAUAAACAUUUUAUGCUCUUUCCAAGA